AGUUACGAAAACAAGAUGGCGGUUUAGUUUGGAUAGUUUUUUUUAAAGACCUUUUAAAAUAGGUGCCUUGUGCUCUUCAUUUACUUGAUUGCUUUCAUCGCGAUCAAAUUGAAAAGAAAUAAUAUACAAUGGACAAUCUUUAUCAAGAGACCAAUCGGUAAGUUUUUCUGUUUGCGUUUAUAGCCCCUCGAAGACUUUCCGAAUGUUGAGUCCCUUGCUCUGUUAUGACAACCCAAUAUUAAUGAAGCUUGAUUUUCAUCCCAUUUCUGUUGCGAUCCCCAUGGUAUUCUUACCAUCCAAAGCAUCACUUUGCCCUCUUUUACUUUUAUGCUUCGCAUGGAUAUUUUACCCGUCCAGAUCACGAAGGAUAGGAUCUACCCAGGCUACAUUCAAAUUUAAUUUGAGUUUAGAUAAAUUUAAAGUUACGAUAUGUUCUUUUUCUCCCUAUGAAAGGCUCAUCGUAGGAGUUCAGGGUUUGCUCAGCAAACUGAGUUCUGCACAUCCUGAUUCGCUGAACGGUGAGCGUAAACAUUAAUUUGGAAGAAAGGGUCAUCAUUGUGUCAUGUUUAUCCUACCAGCUGUCUCAUUCUCACAGACAAGCCAUGAGCGGUUUGUCGUGAAAACGAGCUGAUGUAUGAUACUUGAUUGAAGUAUCCCUGGUGAAAAAAGGAAUUGCUGCUUAUGGAUUCUACAGCUUUAACAAAAUAUGGUUUUUUGUCAUAAUCAUCACCUGGCAAUCUUUGACUUAAUGUACCUUAAGAUUCACAAAAAGCACAGAAUAUGAUUACAAGGAUACCUUUAUAUAAUUAUUUACCAGGCGAGGAGCUAAAUGAUAAAAAAAAUAGAACUCAAGACCAGAGCACAGUUUUUUUCCUAUGUGGACAUACUUAAACUGGUAAAAAACUUAUUUCUUACUUUUUUCUGACCAGUUUUUCCCUGUAAUGAUUGAUGUAGGCCAGUAGACAAGUUAUUUAUUGUUUUCUGCCAGUUUGCCAUUUUCUAGUUUUGCUAUGAAUGGCAUGCAAAGGAUUUUGGACCUGGCUCCAAUCUAAAAAAGCUGGACCAGUUACCAGUGUGUGCUUGCUGAUGCAUUGGAGGAUUGAAGAGAUGCAUCAGAAAAAAAUAAAGUGAAUUUAUGUUAAAAACUCCUUUAAGGAGAGUUAGUAGGAAUAGUUUUUAAUCUUAAAUCAUCUUCUCUUUUCCACAAUAGCUCUUGAACAAGAAAUAGAACAAAACUUGGAGCAAGCAUCUGCUAAUUGUGACCGUCUGGCGAUCCUUAUAAACAAGGAACCACCUCAGAAGAAACAGAGUGCCAGAAUGUAAGUGGUUCAUAAGUAUGUUGGUUAGACCCAUUACAAAUACUAUGAUCUACAUUAAUAUGACUUCCCUAGAGUGCUUUUCAUUUAACUGAUUUAUUCUUGUUUUCUCGUCACCAUAUUCCCACUGAUUGUGUAGCUCCAUUUUCUGCAUAUCAACACACAUACAACCCACAAUUCCUCCAGUUACUCAGAAAAAGGGCUAACGCUCAAAAUGUCAGCUUCUUAACUCUUAACCCUUUAACUCUCAGAAGUGAUCAACAUAAAACUUCUCCCUAUAAUUUCUUUACAUUAUCCAUCAAACAGGUAAUGAGAAUAUUCAAACCUAUCAGGUAGAAGUUGUUAUUGUGAUCUUACACCAAAUUCUCAUAACUAAUUUACAAGGAUUUAUGUAGCAGCUAGUGGGGAGAAUUGACAAUCAGAUCUUGGGAGUUAAAGGGUUAAUGAUGGCCAAUUUACUUCAUCAACUUGGUUGAUAACAACAAAUUACCCUACUAUGAUAAUCAAUUCAGUGAUAAGCACAAAAGUUUGAUGAUGGGGUUUUGAUGGUAAAAUAACUGUGUCAAAGUGUCGAACAUGAAAACCUGCCAAAAAAAAAGUCAAACAACAUUUUGCUACUGGGAACAGAGACAUUAGCCUGUGAGAGCAACCUGAAUUUAAUGUCAAAACAUCCCCAGUGGUCGUUCUACCGACAACUAUUGUUGAAACAGAAUUUGUCAGUUGUUACAUUGCAGCUUGGCUUUGAAGUGCUGUAUUCAAGUGUCUGUUGACUAAUAAGAUUCUGAUGUAUGGAUUUUCAUGUAAAUUAUGCAGAAGGUCUUAAAGCAGAUUCUUUAGGCAAGUGAAGAUGUUCGAAUUUGCCUUAAAUAUGACAAUUGUUUUUUCUCCUCAGUAAAGUCGACCAAUUGACAUAUGAUUUAAGACACCUAAAGACAGGCUUUAACAACUACCAGCAUCGCAAAAUGCUAAGGGUAUGAUUGCUUUUUAUAAUUACUAUUCGUGAUUUCACCCUUUAAAUCCCGUGAGUGACCAACACAGAAUUGCUCCUUACAGUAUCAAUACAACAUCAAGCCAGCAAGUGAUGAGAAUAAAGAAAAACAUUUGACAGACAGGGUGGAGAAUUAAUUUAUUUCAUUCUUUCUCUUUCAUCAGGAACAGGAGGAAAGAGAAAGAGAGGAGCUCUUAAACAGAAGGUUUACUACAAAUGUUAGUAAUUUCUGUUGUACCUCAAGUUGCAACUAUUUUGAUCACCAUGGGAAAAAAAAAAGAAACUGCUCACUAAAUUUACAAUCAUAUGAAAACCAUCAAUUUCAUAACCUGUUUUUGGCAAUUUUUAUGCUGUUUCAUGAUGCUAAAUAGCAACUGUACAAGAAUUUGAGCCUGGAUACCUGUUUCUUUUAAAAAGGCCCUGUGUCUCCUUUCCUUUUUGAGGUGAAAAUAGUUUGCAGGUGUGGUAUAUUGGUAUAUAUAUGUAUGCAUCAACAGAGAGAAAGUUGACCAAAAAAAAUAUUACAAAAAUCAUUUUUACUCAAAGAUUUGCAUGACUAUUUAACAUGUUCCUCUUUAAAACAGGGCCUAACUCCCCUUACCAAUUAAUUAGACAAAUUUGUGUCAUCUCUUGAUUCUAUUGCUAUUUAUUUUUAUUUUUCAUUAGUUUUUAUCAUUUAUAGUUCUCAGUUUUUAGCAUGUCAAACACUUACAUCAUGUGCCUUAGGUUUUGUGGCUCAGGAGCUCGAGAUUGGGAGAUGAUCAGAUCAUUCCCUUUAUAUAUGAAGUAAAAUAAAUCAUCUACCCAUCUAUCUGUGAGUUCUUUGUUGCUCAGUGCUAGAGCAUCAGAAUGUAAGAUCUGAGUCUUUUAGUCCUUGUGGUGCAUUCAACUUUAACCUUUGCCCCUGGCUUCUAUAUGUGAUUACAUAUGUUGUUAUAGAAAUGUGAAUUUUGCACUUUUAGCUUUUUCAGUACAGUAAGAUAAAUGAUUCAAACUUAUCUUGCAGAAUAGUGGGGAGACAUCGAUUAUGAUAGACCAUGCUCUACAGCAUAACACGUCUCUUCAAAAUGCUGACCGAGGAAUCAGUGAUUUAUUGAGCAGCGGCUCCAGUAUUUUGACAAGUUUACGAGAUCAACGCGUCACUUUAAAAGUAUGUUCACUUCAUGUGCAUUGAUUUUUUUAUUAGUACAGUUCAGCUUAACAAUAAGGUGACCAAAAUGUGUGUGCAAAACAUGCAGAGUACUCUUGUAAGGUCAGACACAUACUGGUAUUGACAGACAAGCCCAUGUGUCUAUUCUUGGGCUUACAAUUGGGUGCACCCUUCCCAUUUCUGUUGCUAACCUUUCCUUUCAGCAGCAUACCCACUGUUGUUGUAGUUGAUUGGUGAGAAGUUGGAGAAAGUAAACAUGAAAUUAGCUGGCUGUUUCUUGUGCUCUAUUCCAAGUUUGGAGUAAAGUAUGAUAAGAUUAAGAAGGUAACAAACCCUUCUCUUCCACUUUUUUCAGGGAGCACAAAAGAGAAUAUUGGAUAUUGCCAGCACUCUUGGACUUUCCAACACUGUUAUGAGAUUAAUUGACAAGAGAGCCACACAGGUAUUUUAUUCUGAAUAUCACUGUUAGUAAAACACAACAUACCCCAUUCAGGGGACUGACUGGUUUAAUCAGAAAAGGCUAUCAAUGAUAAACAACUGUUCAGUGCAGGGGGAGUCAACAGUUUUCUGUUCCACUCCCCCAUCCCCUUCUUGUGAGAUUUUCUAUUACAUGAACAGCUUACAGAACAUUUAAUUUAGAUGAUGAAAAAGCAAAUAUAAAAAAAAUCUGCAUAUAUAUUUUUCUCUGCUAGAUAUAAAAGAUGAUGGUCCUUCUCACCAGUUGAAGGGUUGACUACAGGCCUCCCCUUCCCACACCCCUUAACUUCCCCCCCACAUCCCUCCACAACCCCCCCCCCCUCCUUAAUACACAAGGUAGAGCAGUGGUUUUGGUCACUUCACCGAAUGUGUGCAGAAUUUCAUAACCAUGCCGCCACCAUCCCCCAUCAUUGAAAAUCUUAGCUAUGAUCCUGUAGUGAACCAAACUAUUGUCCACCACAGUCACUUUUUUUCUCUCUCUUUCUCUGUAGGACAAGUGGAUUGUUUUUGGAGGAAUGAUAGUCACCUGUAUAAUAAUGUUCUUUGUGGUGAAAUACUUGACAUGAUAGCUACCAAUAUGAUACAUUUUGAAAGACUACUUUUAGUAUAAACUUUUCCGAAAAUCUCCUAUACUCCAAAAUGAUCGAGAUCUUAGGCAUGAAGACUAAACAUUCAAAGGUGAAAUAGGAAAUGGCCAAAGUAACUAAGAUGCUGAAAAAUCGCUCAAGUCUUGCCUUAGAAUGUGAGAAAGAACGUUGGUUUAUUAAAGAUACUUCAAGAACUUUUAUUUUCUUUUUUUUUUUUUUUUUUUUUUUUUUGUAUUCAACUCCUGUUUCUUCAAAAGUAAAUGGGAAAUGAGAUUAAACAAAGUUAUUAGUUAGAAAUACUGAAUCAAUGUCCGUACCUGAAAAACUGCACACCUACCCCUCCCCUAACUCAACAACAGUCAACUGAUAAUAAACUAGGGUUAACGUCACACUCAUAGGGAAGGGGUGGGUGCAAAUUCUGUUGGCUAUCGAGGGGGAAAUGAAGAACAGCUAGAGUGGAUUUUUAAUUUUCUUUUUGUCUUUUAACUCGUUCAUGGGCUGCUUUCGUUUUUGAAUG